AUGUCAACUGAAACAUCUGACAACAAUAAAAAAUUAAGUGAUGGAACUAUUUUUGGAAUUGGAAAUCCAUUACUUGAUAUUAUUGCUGAAGUUCCGGUAUCGUUUCUUGAAGGAUAUAAAUUAAAUGCUAAUGAUGCAAUUUUAGCAAGUGAUGAUCAUAAAGGAUUAAACGAAAGUUUACUUCGUGAUUUUCCAAAUCAUCAAUUUGUUGCUGGAGGAGCAACACAAAAUUCAAUACGAGCUGCAACAUGGUUAUUACAACAAGCAAAUUCUUGUGUCUAUAUGGGUUGUGUAGGUCAGGAUAAAUAUCAUCAAUUAUUACAUGAUGCAGCUAGUAAAGCAGGUCUUAUAUUAUCCUAUCAAGUGCAUACAGAUUCAGAAGAACGAGUACAAACUGGUACAUGUGCUGUUCUUAUUACUGGCAAUAAUCGAUCAUUAGUAGCAAAUCUAGGUGCUGCAAAUCAUUUUACAAUUGAACAUUUAGAUGAUCCAAAAAAUAAACAAUUAAUUGAAAAAGCUAAAAUAUUUUAUACAGCUGGAUUCUUUUAUACCGUAUGUCCACCUGCUAUUAUGCGUAUAUGUGAACAUGCUGAUACACAUAAUAAAAUAUUUUGUACUAAUUUAUCAGCACCAUUUAUAUGUGAAUAUUUUGGUGAUAAAUUAAUGAAAGCUAUGCCAUAUGUUGAUUAUUUAUUUGGAAAUGAAACUGAAGCAAGAAGUUUCGGUAAACAUCAAUUAAAAUUAGAUACUGAAGAAAUCAAAGUCAUAGCUAAAGCAAUAAGUGAUCUUCCAAAAAAGAACUCUCAACGUCCACGUGUUGUCGUUAUUACACAAGGAUCUGAACCAACUGUACUAGCUAUUACUGGUCAAGAGCCAAAAGAAUUUCCGGUUAAAAAACCAUUAGAUAUUGUCGAUACAAAUGGUGCUGGUGAUUCAUUUGUCGGAGGAUUUCUUGCUUAUCUAGCUCUCGGCAAGAGUCAUGAAGAAUCAAUUCAAGCUGGUGCUUAUUGUGCAUUUGAAUGUAUUCAACAAUCGGGUUGUACAUUUCCUGAUAAACCAAGUUUUGAUCCAACUACAUUUGUUGUUUAA